AUGUCGACACGACAGGCUGCACUGUCGCUCUACCGACGCUCCUUGAAGCUGUCCCUCGACUGGGCUGUCCACCGGCACCUGUGGCGCGGCCAGGCUCUCUACAUCCGAUCCCUCUUUGAGGCAAACCGAAACAUCACAGACGUCAGGAAGCAAAGGGCGUUACUGAACGAGACCGAGAAGCUGCUCGAGACGUGGAAGCACCCGGACCCCUACUGCCCCCCCACGGCACCUGGAGGCUCGAAAUACGAGAGAAACCUGCCUGCACACACAACAGCAGCCCCACCCGAUCUCAAGUUCUAG